ACUUUUUGUGUCCGCGAGUCGAUGUCCGAAUAUAAGAAUACUUGUGUAUGUAUAUAUAUAGACACGAACUAGGAUAUCUCAGAUCUUGUCGAUAUAUCAUCAAAACCCUAGCGUUCUCGCUCGAUCCUUGAGCUCGGUGUCGGAGGAUUCUCAAUCGAAGCAUAAUUUACUGACUGAAUUAGGAAUCGCAAUGGGUUCCAGAUCUCGGAGUGAUAAUUUCCAAUCAGGCGAUGGUGCCAGUCCAGGGAAAAUAUUCAUCGGAGGAUUGCACAAGGACACCACUAAUACUGUGUUCAAUAAGCACUUUGGGAAGUACGGGGAGAUUACAGAUUCUGUCAUUAUGCGAGAUCGGCAUACUGGGCAACCUAGGGGUUUCGGUUUCAUCACCUUUGCUGACCCUUCUGUAGUUGAUAAAGUCAUUGAAGAUAAUCAUGUCAUUAAUGGGAAACAGGUUGAGAUCAAAAGGACUAUUCCGAAAGGUGCUGGUGGCAAUCAGUCAAAGGAUUUCAAAACUAAGAAGAUUUUUGUUGGUGGUAUACCCUCCACUGUCACAGAAGAUGAUCUUAAGGAUUUCUUUGCCAAGUAUGGGAACGUGGCGGAGCACCAGAUUAUCCGAGACCAUGAAACAAACAGGUCCAGAGGUUUUGGUUUUGUAAUUUUUGACAGCGAAGAAGUCGUAGAUGAAUUAUUGUCCAAAGGAAACAUGAUUGAUAUGGCAGACACUCAGGUGGAGAUCAAGAAAGCUGAACCAAAGAAAUCUUCAAACCGUUCACCUCCUUCUUAUGGUAGUCACCCUAGAGGUCGUUCUUUUAAUGAUAAUUAUGGCGGUUAUGGUGGACCGUACGGAGGUUUUGAUGGAGGGUAUGGUCCUCCAGGUCCCAUUAGGUCACAUGGAGGCCCUACUAGUAGGUUUGCUGGGGGAUAUGGGUAUGGUCGCGGUGGACCUGGUGGUGUAGGCCCUGAAUUUGGAGGAGGGUAUGGUGCUUAUGGGGGUGGAAAUUUAGGAGCUUACCGGAGUGAACCACCUCUUGGCUAUUCUAGUCGUUUUGCACCCUAUGGGAGUGGGUUUGGUGGUGAGGGAUAUGGCAGUGGAGGUUAUAAUGGUGGAGGAUAUGGUCGUGGGGGAGGGGAAGGCUAUGGGGGAUAUGGUGGGGCGGGUUACGGUGGUGCAUAUGAAUCUGGUGGCCCAGGUGGCAGUUAUGAAGGAGCAGGUGGUCCAUAUGGGAGGGGUUAUAGUAACAGUAGUCGAUACCAUCCGUAUGCAAGAUAGGUUCGAGGUAAUACCAAUCAGUAGACGCUAUAGAAGCUUCUCUCACAGAUUUCUCUAGAUUGUUCCAAUCACUCUAGGUGCAUUCUAGAGGAAACUAGAGUUAUCAUGUAGCGCCAACAUCAGGAAGGAUUGCUAAGGACAGGAAGAUCAUCAAAAAGUUUUAUUAGACAUUUAGUUUGUGUUUGUCUAAUUUAAGUGUUGUGUUAUCUCUAAACUUAGAUGGUGUUAUGUAGACUUUUAGCAUAUUUGGGUUUGGAGCUUGUUUUGUCACUGCCAUAAGAAUGAUUUAGAGUAAGCCUAUUUAUCAUUUGGUAGUCUUGUUAGAUGAUUAA